GGAAUACUUUCUCCGCAGUAAUUAGUAAGCCAAUUGACAACACAGUUGGGUAGUUGGAGUUGGGACAGCAUUUUGCAACGCCGGAAGGAAGAAGGGAACUCUCUUGUCACCGGAAAAUCGAGGGCAACAGAGUAUCGAUAAUUUAGGGUUUCGGAAAAUCGACGCGCCACUAGUGUCGAUCCUUCCUUUGACUGCUCGCAUUUUUUGAUCCCGCUAUUGUGGAUCUAGAGGAUUUUGUGGGGACUCAGGCUAUCUGUACCUGGACUAUCUGAUACUUUUACCUAGGGAAUUUUUUUAGUUACUUCAACCAUGAGUUUUGUUUUCAGAGGAACUAGAGCAGAUAUAGAAACCGGAUUUCCAGGAUUUAUUCCUGAACGGCGUUCAGUGCGUGUUCAUGCAGCUCGGCCAGUUAAUACGAAUUCAUUGGCUUUUCUUGUCACGGUUCUUUUGCUGUUCAUGAUACUAAAUUCACACCAAAUGUCACCUAACUUUCUGCUUUGGCUUUUUCUGGGUGUCUUCCUAAUGGCCACGAGCCUUAGGAUGUAUGCAACUUGUCAACAACUUCAGGCUCAGGCACAGGCUCAUGCUGCUGUAGCCAGUGGUCUGCUUGGUCAUACUGAACUGAGGUUGCAUAUGCCACCAUCUAUAGCCUUAGCAACAAGAGGGCGUCUACAAGGCCUCAGGCUCCAGCUUGCUCUUCUUGACCGGGAAUUUGAUGACUUAGAUUAUGAAACCUUGAGAGCAUUGGAUUCUGACAAUGUUUCCGCAGCUACUUCAAUGAGUGAGGAUGAGAUAAAUGCUCUUCCUGUUCACAAAUACAAGGUCACUGGUCCACAAAGUGAUGGCUCAUCAAUGCGGCAGGCAUCAUCUUCAGCCUCAGCCGAGAAAAAGUCAGACUCUUGCAAGGCAGAUGGAAACAUUAAAGCUCCAGAAGAUGAACUGACAUGCAGUGUUUGCCUAGAACAAGUUAAUGCUGGAGAAAUCAUCCGCAGCUUACCAUGCCUGCAUCAGUUUCAUGCAAACUGCAUCGACCCAUGGCUGCGGCAGCAAGGCACAUGCCCAGUGUGCAAGUUUAGAGCAGGGUCUGGAUGGCAGGAAGGUGGUGAGAGUGAAAUAGAUGCUUCCUUCAUGGUUUGAAGCACUCUCACACUGUUAUAUUUAGUAUGUAAUUCUCUAGAAAUGGCGUGAUCUAUAAAAGACAUGAAGAAAAUGAUGGGAUACUAUACUACAGACCCAGAAAAAAGUUGUGACCUUGGAAGUUCUGAUGAGAAAGAUUUCAGCAUUCAUGUAACUAGAUGCUGUCAGGAGGCCAUGGGUUUCCGACUCAACACUUCUCUUUGACUUGCCCUUACUACUUGGGAUGUUAAUGCAGUUGCACAUACGGUGCCAUGGCUUUGCCUUAUCCUUACUAGGGUUUUGUACUGUAUAAAAAAAAAAAAAGAAGAGAAUAGGGUUGUCCAAGUUCUGCAAUUGAACUUAAUGUAAAAAACUUCGUCUUUGGGUCAUGUACAUCUUUAACCAUUUUCAUUCUUUUUACCUUUUGAUCUUUUUAUAAGUUACACCUUCAAUCCUUUUCAUGCCUCCGGCUUUUCUCAACAUCCAAAAGUUUGUAUUGGUCUCUGUUGUACAUGAUUGUUUCUUUCUCAAGGGAGGAUUGGCUUCUAUUUUUCACCGCA